AUGAAGAGCCGACCAGUACACCCUGCUAAUGGAACUCUAAAGGGUUCCGGGGAGACACUUUAUUGCAUCUGUAAGAAACCGGAUACGGGCAAAUGGAUGAUAGGUUGCGAUGGAUGCGACGACUGGUUUCACGGGGAAUGUGUGAAUGUUCGACCCAUCGAAGAAGACUUGGUGGAUCAAUAUUUCUGUCCCGGAUGCCAGGAGAAGAACCUCGGUAUUACAACCUGGAAACGCAAAUGUAGACUACCAUCUUGUCCACGCCCAGCUGCCACAGCAGCUGAACCGCCAUCUAAGUACUGUACCCCGGAGCACGGAGUCGAGUUCUUUAAAUCAAAGAUUCCUCUAGCCGACUAUAAUCCCUCUGAAGUCGCAGCUCUCGCAAAUGCAGUCAAUGAUGCUGCCGGUUUCCGAAAGCUAGGCGACAGCGUUCCCGCACCGAGUAGCCCGGCCGCUCGUGCAAAGAUUGAAAACCUACUACUUUCGGAUUUUGAAAAACUACGUCCACAAAAGGAAGCGAUUAAUCUUCAGCAAAGCCGCCUUACGGCUCGCUCAAAGUUCAUUAACAUGGCUAAGGAUCGCCAGAAGCGGGUUGCCGACGAACUGCGUGCCGAAGAAAACCAAUCUUCGAAGGGAAGUAAGGAAAUAUGCGGGUUUGACAUGCGCCUGGCGCUAGAUGAUGAAGAAUUUGCAGAAUGGUGCGAGAGCGAGGAAGGGAAAGCAAUAUUUGAAAGUGGCGUCAUCAGCGGCCGCGAGGACCUCUGCAUCAAGAAGAAAUGCGAGAAGCAUAAGUAUUGGUUGAGGAUAGCUGUGGAAGAUAUGGAAUUAGAAGAGAGGCUGGUCGCUGAGGGAUCAACUGUCCUUACGAAUGAAGAAAAUGGUCUCCGACAGCGACAGAAUAUGAAGUCGCUUAUGGAGGAGAACCAGCGAUUGAGAUAG